ACGCUUCGGGUCCGAACAAGUGGACAACAACAACAAGGCGGAUCAGCUGUGACUCCUUCCAGCCUUCCACCUGCACUUUAUUCCCUUCAUUUCCCCACUACUCAGACGGUGGGCAGUGAAGGUGAGACGUGGCGGUGUGGAGGAGGCGGGAGGCUGCUGACCAGGCGCUGACAGGACACAGAACAGGCUGACAGAGAGUGUGACAGUGCUGCUCCACUAAACAUGGACGGGUGCAAGGUUGCCACUGCUCCUGACACUGGCAUGGAGGCUCCGUUGGGACCUCAGAGCACCCUGAAGGAAGACAUGGUGAGUCAGAGGGUGGAGGAAAUAACACCCAAUGGAGAACAUAAAGCCCCAUCUGAACCACCUGCUGCUGUCAAGAAUGAACCCAAGGAGCAGAAUGGUGUGAAGCAUGAGGGGAGCUCUAAGAAUGAUACCAAGAGUGAGGAAUCAGAUGAAGACCUCAAGAAGUACAACAGGAAGAUCCCCGAAGAACGUUCUGCCGUCAAGAAAGAUGAGAUAGAUGCACAUUUUGACAGACUGCCCUGGGUGGUGGGUGCGCUGGCCCGUGUCCUCAACCUUGGCAUCAGCUGUGGGCCACAGUUUGCUCCCAUCAACAUUCCAAUCCGUCGCCGCAAGCAGACCUUUGCUGUGCUCUUCUGGAUGUCCACCUUCCUCUUCAUGGGUGCUGGAUCUCUCCUGUUACUCCUCUACCUGUUCUUCUAUACUCAAUACUGGUGGGUGUCCCUGUGUUACCUGACCUGGUUCCUUGGCGACCGCUCCAUCUGCAACCGUGGUGGACGCAGAGUGGAGUGGGUGCGACGACUACCACUGUGGAAGCACUACCGUGACUUCUUCCCCAUCCAUCUGAUCAAGACCUGUGAGCUGGACCCCUCCAAGAACUACAUCAUGGGCUACCAUCCUCACGGCAUCCUCUCCGCCGGCGCCUUCUGCAACUUUGCCACCGAGGGCACAAACUUCAGCAAGAACUUUCCGGGCUUCACUCCCCACCUACUUACUCUGGAGGGACACUUCCUCCUUCCCUUCUACAGAGAGUUCUUCAUGGCCUCGGGUGCUGUGAGUGCCACCCGGGAGAGCAUGGACUAUCUGCUAGGCCGGGAGGGGACGGGCCGUGCCCUCUGCCUCGUGGUGGGAGGAGCCAAGGAGUCCCUGGACUGUCACCCUGGAGAAGUUUGUCUCCAUCUCAGCAAGCGCAAAGGAUUUUGCAAAAUGGCUCUGAGACACGGGGCCUCACUUGUACCAAUGUUUUCCUUCGGGGAGAAUGAAAUCUAUGACCAAGUUGCUAACCCAGAGGGCUCCCUCAUCCGCCGCUUCCAGAACUUCCUGCAGAGCAUCAUUGGCCUGGCGCCUUGUUUGUUCAUCGGACGUGGUAUCUUCCAGUACAGUUUUGGCAUCGUUCCCUUCCGCAAACCCAUCUACACUGUGGUUGGGACCCCCAUAGAUGUGCCACAAGUGAAGAUGCCCACCAAAGAGCAGAUUGUGGCACUGCAUGAGAAGUAUGUGAAGGCAGUGGUGGACCUCUACAACAAGUACAAACACAAGUACUCUGAGUUUCCUGAGUGUGAGAUCAAGAUUGUCUGAAUGAACUCCCCCACUCUCUACACUGCUACCUUGAUGAUGUAGAAUAGAGCUGUUGUCCAAGGUGUCUUAUACUACUUCUACUACUAUUACUACUACUACUUUCCAGAAACAUACAUAAGGUAAGCAUUUAAAAUUGUGAUAACCCAUUUCAUUCAUGCACCUGAUAACUGUCAUUAUCAUAUAGACAUAUACAAACUUGUCACAGUGAUUUAUAUAUAUAUAUAUAUAUAUAUAUAUAUAUAUAUAUAUAUAUAUAUAUAUAUAUAUAUAUAUAUAUAUAUAUAUAUAUAUAUAUAUAUAUAACAAUUUGACUAACUCUGUGACUGCUGUACUAGUUCAUGUCACAAAUCUUGAUGUAUUAUUUGUGUUCAUUGCAUAUUAUGGGAGCAUUUUGUUUAUUGUGUUCAUGCUUAUUGGUUCCAAAAGCAGGGCUAACAUGUUUGUGUUCUGUUGAUGUUCAACACGCUAUGCCACUUAUUUUAAGAGGAAACCAAAGUUAUUUGAAUGGUAGGAUAUGGAGACAAAUAUUUAUGUCUGCUCACUUCACCUGGUGUCUUGUAGAGGCACCUCAUGCUGGUGUGACAGGCAGAGAAAGAUUCUUUAGACUGUGUGAAUAUUGAAUUAUAAAAUGAGAUGAAAGGAAGUACUCUUAAAUGAUUAAGUUGUUGAGACUGGUGAAGCUAUUAAAUGUUUCUUCAGUGUUUUUAGUAAUGGCUUCAUUUUAUGGCUGCUUUUAGGUUUUUAUGAUAGUUUUGCUGAUCAUUCUUUUGAUAUUUGACUAAUUCAUGACAAAUGUAGUCUGAAUUUCUUUAACAUUUACUCAGGAUGGCUUCCACAGAAUUGCUUCCAGCUAAGUUAGUGAGUACUGACCUGUGUUAUGCCACUGUUGUCAGCUGUCAUAUCAGAUUGCUCAGAAAAUGCUGCAUGUAUCAUUGGACAAGAAAUGCAUUUGUUGGUCAAUUUUGUGAUGCAAAUGUUUGUUUCCCAUGAGUUUGCUUUUACAAACUUGGUGUUGAGGUGUGCAGGACAGGCAGGAACCGCACAACAGACUGACAUAUGAUGGGCAGUGAGUUUCUGGAACACAAAGUUGGUUUCUCUUCUAGUACUAUGGAGCACAAACUAAAAUAUGAAAUUUGAGCUUUUGUCAGUCAUAUCUGGUUUUGUUUAUAGUAUGCAGUAUGAAAGUACUUCUGUAUUACAGUACUGUCUUAUACAAGUGUUUGAUUUUUACAAUGUAGCAAUUAUCUUUGUUACACUUUACUUAUAUUAUCCCCCUGCCUUUAAAAUGGUGAUAUAUAGAGAGCUUUUUAGUAAAAUAUUUAUUACAGAGAAUGAAAUUAAAAAUUAAAGCAUCAGGCAAUCAUUCAAUGUAUAUAUGUGUAUAUCUAAAUAGCCAGUUAUAUACUAGUCUGAUGUAUUCUUAAAGAAGCAUUAGUCAAGACAGAGUGAUUAUAUACAUAGAUUUACAAACACCCUUGCAUUCUGGCCACUAGACCAUUCUGGAAUGAGGAUCAGAUUGAGGUACAGUAGGUAUCUAUUUGAAUAUAUCAUGUAUAAUAAUAAUUUGUCUUACUUUGACUGGAGAGUUGUCAGUAGUAAUUUCUCAGGUAGAGCUGUGAGGCUGAUUCCUUAAUCCUUGUCAGUGCAGUGGUACCUGUGGAAAGGAGACUAUCAUUUCAAUAUGGCAUGAAGUUUAGUGAAAUGUAUUCAUGUUUACUCAAGUAUAAAGUUAUAGGGAUUAUUUUAUUGUCUUUCACCUGCCUGUUGCAAGAACUUACCUAUACCUGUAAAGUUAUCUUGACAUCAGCACUGCUUGGUGACUGUGUACAUAGCAGUGCUUCUUCUAAUUAUUUGUGCCAAAUUUUAUUCGCUGAGGGAGGAAAAUGUUAAUGUCAGGCAAAGAUAACAGAUGUUUACAUAGAUUUUAUUAGUGUAAAAGGUAAUUUGAGUAGUAUUUGAGUGAAAUGAAAGCACCAGUUAAAGAAGUUUUCUUGGAAGGUGUAAGGAUAUAACAAAUUAGUUCAUGUGUGGAAAAGCCACUAUGUAUAGAAUAAUAGUAGAAGAGGAAGAUUCAGAUAAUUGAGAACAGAGUGUUUUGAUAGAGGUGGAAGUUCUUUAGCUGUGGUGACUACUCCUUGAGGGAUGUUCCCAGAGGAAGCAGAGUGGCAGAAAGAAGUAUAUAUGUAGAUGAUCUGUUUAAUGGAUGUGAAAAUAUAUUACAGGAAAUAUGUUUGGUACCAUAAGAUUGGAUGAAAUUUUUACUGCAUUUAUCUAGAAAUUUCAUAAGCUAUGCUUAGUUUUGUCAUUGGUUUACAAUUACUUUAAGUAAUAUUUAAUAAUUACUACUUAACUAGCUAGCAAUCCUUUAUUGUAUUUUAUGUAUCAAUAACUGCAGAUCAUUCAUUGUUAUGAUACACAAUGUGUGUGUGUUGAAUGACAAGAUUUUUUUCUUCUAAAUUGUGGGAGUAGAAGUUUGAUUCCUGUGCAAGUGUUUGUGAUAAGUCUCGGUCAUCAGUUUUCAGCUAGCUGUCAGUAGGUCCACUACAAUACAUUAUUAUUAAUUGUGUAUGCAUAUGAUAAAUAAGCCAGUAGGCUUUGUUACUUAGUACUUGGUGAACUUUUAAUCCACAGAUGUAUUACUUCUUUCACUGAUAUCCUUUAAUGCCCUGACCUAUACUGUACCUACCUCUCUUGCCUAGUCCUGUACCCAGGUUUAUAAGUGAUAAUUUACUAUUAGGAAUGUUAUGUGUGGCUCUGUACCAUGACCCAUGCUUAGUUGUUUGAAGUAUUUUGCUGUCAUAUUAUAUCCACUGAAGCAAGCACAACUUUGGCAUACAAGAAGAAAGAUAGAAGUAAAGCAACAGAUAAGAAAAUGUUAAUAUUCUAUUAUUUCGUAAAUGUACAAUACGUACCUACUAACCAAAGUUUCAACUACAGAGGAGAGCAAAACUAUUACUUUUUUUGUCAUGUGUCGUUGCAUAUGUCGUAAGUGUACGCAGUUAAUGGAUAAAUAGAUUUACUGUUUGCAUGAGGAUGGUGUCACACGUGUAGCAGUGUUUAGGUCGUAUAUAACGUGGUGAUGUCAAGAAUCAAGACGUGUUCAGCAUUACGUAGGUGGCAGACUAUCCAUCAUUCGGACAAGACACACUGAAUUACUGUCACCUUUAGUUGAGUGGUCGCGUCUGGCGUACGCGAGUCACAAAGUCAGGAUAGAAGUUAUGAAUAUGGUGCACUGCUUAGAUGAACAGUAAGAGAGUAAAGUACUGUUGAGUUGAUGGAUGCACAGUACUCAGGCAUAAGAAAUCUCGGUGUGAUAUCUUAAGGACACCAGACACCCAGGCCAUAUUAAUAUUCCCCGGUCUGUGAUGAGACAAGGGCAACAUAAGUCAUAUCACACAGUAGGCGUCCUUCGCAAAAUGUAGCACGGCAUGCGGCUCCUCGACAAGCCCAGUAAACGUUUGCCUUGUAGGAAAAAAACGUCAACUAUUCCAAUGACACAUUUAGCAUAGUUUUGUUCGUGUACGCAUUUGUUGAUGUUGCUGUGUUGAGUAAUUGAAUAUACUUAAGCAUCAGCUAGAUGGACUUCUAACACGGUAAGCUAAGUAGUGUAAUGAGUAAUGUCAGCCGUCAUGUCACACUUCAAUGUUCAGUAGCAGUGUCAGGUGCUCGUCGUUCACGCCACGAGAGUAACCUUGAAUGUACUCACGCAGUAGUACACGGAGUAGUGAUGGCUGAUGGGUCGUCCCCGGCUUCACACCACCCGGCUCAGAUAGCGAUAAUGCCACCGCUACAAAGAGCAUGACCUUGAGUGAAGUGGUGACGCCGUGGGCCCAUGGUGACGUGAAAUGAGGCGGCAGAUGUGGAAAGGGUUGGUAGAGAUGCACGCUUUGUUAACUUUGUGUACUACGUUUAGCUGUAUGAACUCACUAAGGAUGUUUUGAAUUAUAAUCGCAGUACAUAUGUUAGUAUUUUAAGUACGAUAAAGGUUUAAGCAUAACGCACAUGUGCCAAUGAUAUAUCCGUGCAUUCAAUGUUUCCACUUCCUGGUGUGUGGACAUAUUUAGUUGUAUUACAAGGUAGUCAGUGAAGCUGUAAUUUGUGAAUGCAAUGCAAUACAAAGGUGCAAUGAUGAGUGCUAACGAUGCAUGUGUAGUAUGUACCUACAUCGGUAAGGAAGUUUUAAGUUUAUCUCGUUUUAUGUAUGAUGUCGCUAUAUUUUUGUAUAUACAUAUAUGAAAAACAAAACAAGAAUGUGACCUUCAGCUUGUUUACGUCUAUUGUAGAAACAGAAGGGAUGAUUGAUAAAACAGUAGAGACAA